AUGCAAGAAGACGAUCCGACAAAAACUACUCUCACAACUAUUCCUGAUGAUGCAGAAUCUAACAUCAAUACCGAUAAUUGUGAACAUGUUGUACAGAAUGAUGAGAAGAAAUCAGAUAAUAACCCUAAUGAUGGAAUAAAAUUAAUCACAGUUCAACCUGUCCCCAUUAAUAAACAUGUACAACAGAAAAAGUAUGAUGAUUUAUUGUUUAAAAAAUAUGAGAAAAUAUGUAAGAUUGGUGAAGGAGCUUAUGGUGUAGUAUUCAAAUGUCGUGAUAUUAAAUCAGGCCAACUAGUAGCAAUAAAACAGUUCACAGCUUCUGAAGAUGAUCCAGUUAUUCGUAAAAUUGCAAUGAGAGAAAUUCGAAUGCUUAAACGAUUAAAACAUCCGAAUUUAGUCAAUCUAAUUGAAGUGUUUCGUAAGAAAAAACGACUAAAUUUGGUAUUUCAGUUUAUUGACAAUUCUCUAUUAAAUGAAAUGGAACAAAGGCCAAGAAGGUUGGAUAAAGGGAAAAUUAGAAAGAUUACAUGGCAAAUUCUACUUGCAACAGAUUUUUGUCACCAGUCAAAUUGUAUACACAGAGAUAUUAAACCUGAAAAUAUUUUGAUUAAUAAAGCUAAUGAAGUGAAAUUGUGUGAUUUUGGAUUUGCAAGAUUUUUAAGUCCUGGUGGUGAAUAUACAGACUACGUAGCAACACGUUGGUAUCGAUCGCCAGAAUUAUUAGUUGGAGAUACACAAUAUGGACCACCAGUUGAUGUCUGGGCAAUUGGAUGUGUCUUUGCAGAAAUGUUACUUGGGUGUCCUCUAUGGCCAGGUUCUUCUGACUUGGAUCAACUUUAUCUUAUAACCAAAAACCUGGGUGAUCUCUAUCCAAGACAUCGUCAAAUAUUUGAACAAAGUAAAUACUUUGCUGGUAUUCAAGUCCCAUCUUCAACAUCUGUGGAGCCAUUAGAGAAGAGAUUUGAAAGAACCUAUCCCUUGACGUUAAGUCCAAGAGAACUGGAUUUUUUACAGGCUUGUGUACGAAUGGAUCCAUCAGAACGAUGGAGUUGUGCUGAAUUAUUGAAACAUCCUUAUUUUGGCAUGCAUAGUUUAUCAGAGAAAAAUAAUAAAUUGUCAUGUAAAAUUCAAGAUUUAGGGACCAAUGUAAUCAAUGAAUCCAGUUCAUCAUCGAAUUCAGUGUUAAAAAAUGAAAAACUCGCCGGAAUGGAAAAUUCAUCAAGGAAAAAUGAUUUUAAAAUUGGAAAUAAUAAAUGUGUCAAUCCCAUUGCCUAUUAUCCAUUCAAGACAACACUUCAACCAAAAACACGAAUGCCUGGAUUGAAUCAAAAACCGAUUAAUACAUGGGAUUCAAUUGUGAAAAAGCCUUUACCAUUAAUCUCUACUCAUAAAACAUUUUAUCGUACAACAGCUACAAAUCUGAAUUCUACAACUCCUGUCACUGUUGCUGUCACUUGUACUACUAACUCAAUAAUAAAUAAUGUUGAUUCACGAACUCAUGCUCCAGUGACAUUAAUUAAACCAAUUUUUUCAAAUCAUGCACAAAUUGUUCAAAAUAAUCAUAAUCUACAACUUCAUCCAACACAUUCUAAUUUAGCAUUGACAACAAUUUCAAUGGGUUCACUAACCGGUAAAACUGCAGCAAAUCAUGGAUUUUAUAAUUUAUCUAUUUCUAUGCCCAAUGUUGCCCAAACAAUGACGCUGACUACAACUACUUCAACAGUAACAACUGCAACAACAACAACAUCAUCGUCAUCUUCACUGGUAUUGAAUUCGUUAGAAUCGACCAAUCAAAAUUAUUACAAAUCAUUAUUAAACUUAUCAUCAUUUUCGCCAUUACAUAUCCCGAUACGUUUUAUGCGCCAAAAUACAGAGGAUCAUUCAUUGAAACAACCAUAUAAUCAAUUAAAUCAGAAAUCUAAGACAACAAUACAUUUGCCUAAUAUUUAA